AUGUUUUGCCUUGCUCAAGAGGUGUGUAUAGCAGGUGCCGCACAGCAAUUUGAUAUUGACUCAUUCUUUACAGUCGGGAUAUUGCGUGAUCUAUCGACAGAUAAUCAAUGUAAUUUACACUUUUUAUUGGGACCAAAUAUCGCCCGACGUAUCCGUGAGGAUCCCUCGAUUAACGGUACAUUGAAUUUAUUCGAAACAUUAUUUGAUCAACAAAAAAUUUCCUGUCAAGAUUUCACAUAUUUAAUUAAGGCAUUUGAAUCUAUUAAAUGCUUGGAAGCUGCAGAUCGUUUAAAAGAACAUCAACAAGCUGAACAAUCGAGGCGAAGAGCCUUGUCAACAAAUUCUACAAACACCGCUGCACUACCAACAAUAACUGAACUAAUUGCUGACAACUGUGUUACAGACAAAUAUCGAAGUUCGCGAACACUGAAUCUCACGUGUGGAACUAACCGACAUCAGAAACCAUCCGGACGAGCCAAAAUUGCGAAUCAACAGAAUAACAUCUAUAGUAUACAGUCAGUGUAUAAUCAAAAAGCAAUAGAUUUAACAGAUGGAUCAUCGAGUAAUACUAUUAAAUUUCAACAAUGGGAUCGAUUCAAUGAAAAUAACAACCAACAUUUUAAAUUAAUACACAGCGGUGAAGGUCACUAUUGUCUAAUCGAGAGUCUACCAAGCGGAAAAGCCUUAGAUAGUAAACUUAUGAAGAAUGCCGUAAGUCAAUCAGAAAUUAGUCCGAAAAAUUUGAACAAUCAGUUGUGGCAAUUCAUAGAAGUAAUUAACACUACGUUAUAUGAAAACAUUUGGGGGAAUUCAAAUUCUAAUGGUAAAUUCAUUAGCAGCGUUGAUCUUUCAGAUUCAUUCAGUCUCUUUACUGCAAGUCUAGCUUAUGCGUGUCUUAAAGUUGUUGGAGGCGAUGGUGGCGAACCGUUUGACGAUUCGAAAACCCCCGGAUUUACGUACUAUCAUUAUUGUAGUUCGGUUCAUAUCUGGUGGACUGACUGGAUAAAUUCGACACAGUUUACUUAUUCGUCUUCUACUCAAAUCAUUGAAGCAGAUCGUCGAGGAAACGUAGGCGACAUGUAUCAUAUUUUUAACGUAUCAGAAAGGAAUAAAGACGAACGAAUCAAUAGAAUUGAUAUUUAUAGUGGUGAACGAUAUAUUUCAAAUGGACAUAAACCAAAUACUCCAACCAAAAUCAUUGUUGGUAUACAGUUUUAUACAACACAUAAUAAUUCAAGUCCCUUUUACGGAAGUAAACGAACUGAUGAUGCACACGAUAUAUUGACAUAUGAUGGUUAUAUUCUAGGAUACGUAAGAGGCAAAUCUUGUAAGGUUUGUUUUAUUGAUCAAUUGCAGUUUAUUUGGCAUAAAAUUUGACUUUCGUUUGUGUUACUAGACUUCUUCUGAAAAUAAUCUACCUUCAACUCUCGUUCGCUUUUUUACUUUCAUCAAUUUCAUAUGCUAGCACUAGUUUUGUAUUGUGCAAAGCCGAUGGUUUCCAUAUAUUUUGAUUUCUAUCAGCGGAAUUACUCAUGGUCGAUUAUCUGGCACGCGAGGAAAUGUUGGUGAGUAAA